CACCCGGGCGUCUUCAUUACGCCGAUUCUGUUUCAAAACGUUUCUUAAACGGAAGGAAACGGGGCGGGACCUACCCGAAUGUGUCCAAUGGAAAUUCUCGUUUUAGUUGCAAAACAUUUUGCAACAGUUUGGACUAAUGAUUACACCCCUGCUAGAGAGCUAGCUAGUUAUUAGCCAGCGUCAAGCCAAGGCUUUGCCAAUGUAAUAAGAACAUUGGCACUGCAUUUCACGUUCAGUAACCAAAGGCGUAAUGUGACAUUUCGAGGAAGAAUAUGACAAGAAUAUCAGUUGGACAUCAAAAUCGGACUGCAAAGGAGAGAGCCGGGAAGAAUGGAGAAGUUCUAUUGUAGAGUCACGACAACGAGAUUCUCUGUUUCUUGAGUAACUACUGUCAAAAUCUGAGGAAUAGCAAUACUGUGUUUUUCUGUGCGAUCUUGAAGCUGUUGUCAUUUGCAACUUUGAAAAUGAUGUAUUCAUCAAGAAGAAAACCAGUCCUCUAUUUCAAAGAAGACAGACGAUUCUGGUCUGGGAAAUGCACAGUUUACAAACUCUUUGGUCUGUGUAUGGUGCUGGUACUGGUCUCCCUCCUAUGGCUCCAACUAAGCUGUACAGGAGACAUGAGCCGGGUUGUAGUGGAUGACGGACGCCUCCUCCAUCAGCCCUGUCCGCUGGAGAGACGGGCAUCCGCUGCGGACAACCCUUCCUGGGGUCUUCACAAGCUGGCCCUCCUGAUACCUUUCCGGGAGAGGUUUGAGGAGCUGCUGGUGUUUGUCCCCUUCAUGCACACCUUCUUGAACAACAAGAAAAUACUGCAUAAGAUCUUCGUAAUCAACCAGAUGGAUCACUAUCGGUUCAACAGAGCCUCUCUCAUUAACGUUGGUUACAUGGAGAGUGGUAACGACACUGAUUACAUCGCCAUGCACGAUGUGGACUUGUUACCUCUGAAUGAAGCUCUGGACUAUGGAUUCCCAGAGGAGGGUCCUUUCCACGUGGCCUCACCAGAACUACACCCCCUCUAUCACUACAAGACAUACGUGGGAGGAAUCCUGCUGCUCACCAAACAGCAUUAUCACAUGUGCAACGGCAUGUCCAACCGGUUCUGGGGAUGGGGGAGAGAGGACGAUGAAUUCUACAGGAGACUAAGAACUGCUGGAUUACAGCUCUUCAGACCCAGGGGGAUAAAAACAGGGUAUGAAACCUUUCGCCACAUCCAUGACCCUGCCUGGAGGAAGAGAGACCAGAAGAGAAUGGCUGCACAGAAACAGGAACAAUUCAAGGUUGACCCUGAGGGCGGGUUGACUAACUUGCAGUACAAGGUGGAGUCGAGACACGAGCUGACUAUUAGUGGAGCCCCUGUCACUGUCCUCAACACCAAACUGGAGUGUGACACGGACAAGACUCCCUGGUGUCUGCUGAACUAAGAUGGCCCCCCAUGAUAGACCCAUGCUGCCUCUCAUCUGGGUUAUGUUCAUUAUCCACCAAAACAGAAGAAAACAAGACUGAAACAGGAAGGGACUACCUGAACUUCUCCAAUGAGAAAAACUUGUUUUUGUGUGCCCUAAUUAAUAUGACCCUGGUACUACAGAGGGGGGUGUUCACCCUGCUUGCUGUGCUAGCUGAGACCGUUUCUGAUCCGGAGGACAUGGCUGAAACAAACAACCGCACCAGAAGACAUGGGUACCAUCUUCUGGCCGGCCCAGAGGAGAGGUUUUGGCCUUUUGACGUUUGAACCCAGCAACAGCUUCCCUCAUUGGAGAGAUGGAAUGUAUUUAUAAACUAGCUAUAUUAUGUUAUCCUUUUGAACUGCAGCGUAGCUGUCUGACUUUCAUUCAGAACUGUGAGUGACUGGAUCUCAUGCAGACCUAACUUCAGGGGGCUUUCAACGAGAGACACUUUGCCAAUAUUGACUAUACAUGAAAGGAAGGGUGUACUGAAAUAAUAAGCAAUGGCCUUUGUAUCUGUUUAUCCAGGGACCGACCAGGACCAACCCUGCUUAGCUUCAAAGGCCAGCCAGCAGUGGGAUGCAGGGUGGUCUGCUGCUGAGUGUGAUCCCAAUGGACCAUUUGCACUUUUCAGAAAUCCGUUCUCUGUCCUUCAGUUGAAGUCUGCUAUAUUGUCUGGUUUAAUGUAUUAUCAUCAGAGUUAGUUUACAUAUGAAAGGGUUUUCUUUCUGACAUUGGAUUGGCAUGCCACUUCCAUGAUCCAUAGCGCUGUAUUCUCAUCCGGUAUCCAUUGUGACCCAUCAUGUGAUCAACUGGUAGUGAGUUGAGUAUCAGAGUGCCAUUUUGGGUUGUUGAUGGUAAAUCAGCUUUUAAAGGUUUACAGUUUUGCUUUAGAAGGUUUUCAGAGACCGACUAGACGUUAUGAAAGUAUGUUUAGGUAAUGCUGAAGCGUAUGUUACAACAGUGUGGCCAUAUACCAUACUGCUGUAAUGUCUUUUUGAAUGACGAGACAAGUCAACGGUACCGAAAAAUGUAUUUGUACAAUAUUCAGUAUUUAUAUAAAGUUUUGAUUCAAAACCCCAGGAAAAACAUGCAUUCGUAUUCUCGU